AUGGGCAAAUACUCCAGUGCCUUACAUAAAACCUCGGGCGUCCGAGGCCGGGCAGGGCCCGCAGGAGGCCCAAGGGCCCCCACGGGCGCCCGCAGCCCCUCGCCCUCCCCGCCGCCCCUCCCCAGGCUGGCUCCCCCUACCUGCCGCCCCCUCCUCAGGCCCGCCCCUACCUGCUGCCCCCUCCCCAAGCCGGCCCGCCCUACCUGCCGCCCCCUCCACCGGCCGCCCAGUCCCUACCUGCCGCGCCUCCCCGGGCCGGCCAGCCCGGCGUCCCUACCUGCGGUCCCCUCCCCCGGCCCAGCACUCGGCCUCCGGCGCCUGCGCGGCCGGAAGCGGGUGCCGCAGGACGAGCCCGAGGCUGCCCCCUGGUGUCCGCCUUCCGCCGCGCAGCCGGAGGCCCGACGGCGGAACGCAAAGCCGCGAGUCGGAGCGCACCCGGAACCAGCCGGGGAGGACCGGCCGGGCUCCUCUUCGGCUGCUUCUCUCAAAGCGCGUGAAGACAGUGACGUGUUGGUCCGCUGGGGUGCGGGGUGCGGGUGCGGGUGCGGCGUGGAGCUGUGA